UUUUGAAAUCGUGUGCCGGAAGUGAAGAAGUCAAAUUGGCUGCAGUUUACAGCUCUGUUGAGUUCUCAGAAAUUAAAACCUGUAAACUCAACCGUAGCACUGAAAAACAAACAGCCAGUAAUGAGAAGCACGGCAUGGCAGAAAGACAGGACAAUGAGGUGGAGGAGGCUGAUCAGGUGUAUUUGCUGAUGAAAGAGCAGUACAGGUUAUCACGUAAUGUGCGUCUGUCCUGGUUCCUCAGCAGAUUAAAUCAGGUCAUACGACCCAGUUCCCAGUCUGACCUGCUGAAAUCAGAGAACGAGUUGGAUGUUUUGAGUGUCCUCCCGAAAGGAUGGCAGCCCGGUUCUCCCCCCUCUUCUUGCGCGUGUCUGCUGGUUCCCUCCACACGCGUGAUCUUCCUGGCACGCCGGUACCGCCUUAUCAUUCAGCUGGACCUGAGUCCUUCUACCGGGAUUGUGGAUGAUAGCACAGGAGAGAUGAUCUUUGAUGAAGUCUUCCACGCUCUCUCUCGCUGUUUGGCCGGACUGGCGAGACCCUUUGUGGUUCCAGGAACUGGGCACGUGUUUAAGCCUGAGAUCUUUAUCACCAUUUUAGCCUAUUCCUCCAUCAUCGGUCUUAGUUCUCAUCAGGUGCUAGUUCAGGGCUGUCAGCUGGGCUCCAUGGAUCUGGAGAAGUUCCUGCAGCAGAUCUACCAGCAGCUGAGAGCCGUGGAGAGCAACAUCGCUGUGGUCCUUCAACAGCAGCAGAAUCAGUUGUGUGGAUUUCUGAGUCAGUCCUUCUCUAAUGAUGCUGUGGAAGAGACUUCACAGAGGAAGCUGGCGGUUUCCAUGGUAACAGCGGAUGUUGGCCUGGUCAGCAUGGUGAGGCAGGGGAUUCUAGCACUACAACUUCUUCCUCCAAACUCCGGCGCAGGAAUAAUAAUCAUUACGGAUGGAGUGACGAGUGUUCCUGAUGUAGCUGUAUGUGAAACUCUACUGAACCAGCUGAGAAGUGGAACCAUCGCCUGCUCAUUUGUCCAGGUGGGCGGGGCUUAUUCGUACAACUGUAGUUUUGGCUACAUCCCCAAUGUGGAGAUAAUGAAGUUUAUCUCCAUGGCAACCUUUGGCUCAUACCUGUCCACGUGUCCAGAACCCGAAUCUACAGGCCACGAGAUGAACGCCUAUCACCGCGCCUUCCUCACAUACUCCUUCUUCAGGACGGGCGAGUCUAUGAACCCAGAGUAUUACUGCUUCUCCCAGCACAGAUUGUUUAAUGAACAUCUGGUGUCGGCCAGCGGAAACCCGGCGCUGGUCAUGCGCAGGAAGAAACAUACAGAAAAGGAAGUUCAUGCUGAUUUGAUCAGCGUGCUGUCUGUCAGACUGAGAGAAGGAUACACCAUCCGUGAGAUUAACAUCACUAAAGGAGGAACUCAGCUGGAAGUGAAGCUGGUUCUCCUCUGGAAGCACAACAUGCGUAUCGAAUACCUCGCCGUGGCUCCCUGGCCCCUGGAUCCGGCCAAUCGCGUUACCUGGAUGGAAGUGACCAUGGAGGGCAGCUAUGACAUCCUGCACGACAUCAGCUGUACCAUGCGCAAGCCAAUCACGAGCCCCUACCGCACAUCUGUCAUACGGCGAUUCUGGAACACACUGCAGAGCAUUAACCAGACAGACCAGAUGCUGGUACACCUGCAGUCAUUUAACUCCAUCCCAGAGCAUUACACGAUUCCUGAAAGCACAAAAAAUGGAGUUCCUCUGUUUUAUAUCCCACCUGGAUCCACCACACCGGUCCUCUCCCUCCAGCACAGUGGCUCUAAAGACUCCAGCCAAUCACAGUUUGCCUUCUACUGGAAGCCCAUUCUGUCAAUGGAUGCCAACGUCUGGCAGCGCUGGCUGCACAUGCAUCGCAUUGCCAUGAUUCUGGAGCAUGACAUCCCCGUCCCAAAGCAUGUGCACAAUGCAGGCAGUAACGGUCGAUUUAGUACCAUCCAGUGCAGGAUCUCGCAUUCGGCCCUCACCUCGCUGCUGAGAGAUUGGAGCUGUUUUGUCCUGGUGGAGGGCUACUCGUAUGUCAAACUCAUAUACAGUGGCUCCGAGUCACCGCCCGUCUCUUUCUACCUGGUGCGUCUGAUCUCUAAAGCUCCCUGCAUGGUGCUGCGAUUAGGUUUUCCUAUAGGAACUCUAGCCCACACCAGGAACAAGAUCGUGGAUGAACUUCGACAGCAGAUUCUACGACUGCGCUUCCCUCAUCGCGUCCAGAAUAAAGAGGCCACACCAAAGACCAAACGUAAGAUUUUGGGUAACUCGUCGCCCUCGAAGUCACCACCUCUUCCUGCCCCAAAGCCUGCGCUCUCCGACCGGCCAUGUGUGGUGCUGCUUAACAAACCUCUUGAAAAAUUACUGAUCAGGUACGACAAGCUUCCGUCUGAUUUCCGCACGCCUUUCAUUUUAAACAUGGAGCCGUUUGCCCAGCCGUGCCCAGCUAUGGGCGGCUCUCUCAGCGUGGCCGCCAGCCGGACCGCGUCCUCCACCAUGGCAACGCUCUCCAGAUACUUUCUGCAUCAGCGUUGGGUUUGGGCCGUGCAGAACGGACCAGGAACCGCUGUAUCCCUGCAGGCUGUGGCUCACAUCCUCUCCAUGCUCUCGGAGAUCCGACUCUCUGAGGGCUUCCAUUUCGCAGCCAGCGCUGAGGGUAUCGUCAACAUGGUGAUCGAACUGCCAGUACAGAGUGCACCUGUUGGUUUGGACCGAGAACAGCACACCUGUGUAGUCCAGUAUAUCCUGUUUCCACCUCACUCAACCUCCACCAAAGACAGUUUCUCCACAGAUGAUGAUAAUGACACAGAGGUGGAGGCUAUAGAUGUGGACACGGAGCUCAGUUUGGUGACCGAGUGUUGGGUGGAGCCUCAAAGUGGAACCGUAUGCAGUUCACUGGAUCAGCAUCAACACUUUCAGAACCUCAUGUACCAGGAGAUACCUCAGGCUAUUUUUCCGCGCGAUCUGUCGUGCAUGUCUACGAUGAUUACGUUUGAAUACCUCAUUCAGCUGUGUCAGAAUAAAGAGCAAGUGUGUCCUCUCAAUAGCGGCAGAGACGCUCCAGGUGAGGUCACCACCACCCCUGUCGAUGACUGCAUACACAUCGUGCCUUUCCAGUUUGACCUGAUGAAGCUUCUGCCCAAGUGCCAACAGAUUGAGCUCUUCUUCUACACCUUCGGUUGGGAUCAAGAGGAAUCGACACGAUGCUCCGCCUCUCUGCCCAAUGACAUCCUGUUGAGCCUCUUCCACGGCUCUCUCCAGACUGAGCUGAGUGAUCGAGAGAUCCCAUUGGACAGCGGAGAUCAUGUGGCAUUCAUGCAUCACAUUCUGGAGCGGGAAAGGGACGGUCACAUGGCUCCGUUCUCAUUACCUGUCAUUAAAGAGGAAUGUUUGAGGGGUGCAGAGCGACAGGACACUGUUUUGUCCUUCAACACUGUUGAAAGCAGUAAAGAGGUGACGGGUUCAUCCAGUACACUUCAGAGUUUUAGUAACGCAGAUCUUGUGGAGGAUGAUGGGAUAGCGGGCGUGGAGAGAGACGACACCUUGCCUCAGUGGAAAUGUUAUGCCAAAUACAUCAGCCAUCAGCAGAUAUUACUCACUUUCCUACCAGCUACAUUUACGGAUGUGCAUCUUUUAAUGUCAUCUGGACUGGACACCGAAGCUCCCAUGAGUAGCAGCCUGCAAGAAGAGAAGGAGACCUGUAGUCAUGACAACAGCCAAUCACAGGCAAUCAGCAGAUUAGGAAGCAAUGGUCAAGAGGAUGCAAGUCAUGCUGCUGAUGUCAGAGUUGACGUUAGCUCCACAGCGGGACCUGAGUCAACUCUGGAAACAUCUAAAGAUCAAACAAGUAUGAGUAGAGGAAACGCAGAUGCAGGAGAGAAAGACGGCGUCCAGUUCUUGGAGCCCCAGAAGCAAGAUUGUCGCAUCACAUUCAGCCGACAGACGUCUCAGCCAAGCAGCAGUGAUGCAGCUCGACCCCGCUGCCCGAUCUACAUCUACAACUGCACACUAGACUCCCUCAAAGAACAGCUCGUCCAUCCACGAUCAGGACGGCAGCCCAGAGACGUCUUCUUCAGACCUCAAGAAACAGAUUGCUGGGAUUUGAAUCAGCAGCUCAAAUACAGGUCUAUUUCUCAGGAGCGCAGUAGCGCCUCCUCUUGGACUGAACUCAUGGCUCAUCCUCACAAACACAAAGAACUCGCCAACUACUGCAACCUGCUACAAGAGCAUUACUUUCAGAGCUAUGUUAAAGGUGUAUAUCGCAGCUUGCAGCAGUCGUACAGCGUGAGCUCUCAGGAUUUGUUGACGGCGAUGGAUUACUGCGAAGAGUCGCUGCAGGAGAUCGACAUCACUUCCUUCCUCCAGACUCUGUGCGGACACAUACGUGUGUUUCGUGAGAAACACGAACUACAGGGAUACGUUGAGGUGAGCAGGUCGGGCGACGUUCCCACUACCUUCAUCAUCGGCGAAGAUGAAGACGGAACCGACAGAGCAACACUCAUGUCUUCAUCCAGUGUUGAACUGGAAGACGUGAGCGAAGCGGAUUCCAGAGGAAAACUCUCUGUUCCCGCUUCCCCUCUGGCACUGGAUGAACCCAAGUCUCCCAAAAUCCCAGAAUUCCCAUUGUCUCUCCUGCAGUCCCAGCAGAAGUGUGAGGUGUACGCUGAUUUGCACAAAAUCAUACAGGAUAAGUUCAUGGACAUUGGUGCUCAGUAUUUCAAGACUGUGCCUUCCAAUCCGCAUUAUUUUUUUUACUGCCUUCCAUCUUCCAAGAAAGAGGAGGAGUCAGACAGAGAGGGCGACAGGAGACCCAGCGAUGAGUGUGAAGUGUCUGAUGCUGAACUAGCCACAGAAGAUGAGAACGUGUCCGGCUGCUGCAUCGUCACGGAAAGUGACACAGAUUUGGAGGUGGAGUAUCAGGAAUGUGCGAAUGGAAAAGCAGAGGAUGUUGAAGAGGAAGUUGGCGAGGGCAGGUCACCGUCUGACUCAAACACGGUGAACCAGGACGAUGAUUCCUUCAGCAUUUUGGACGGGGAUUCGCUCCUGGAGCCCGAGAGACCCCAGCCGGAGAUGCCGCCUCUGUUUGUGCAUCUUACCUGUUCGGUUAACAUGAAGAGCUGCCAUGGAUCCAUGCCCACACAAACACUGCCCACCUGUUUGGGUGAAGUUAUUUCCUGUCUUGAGAAUGCAGAGAAUCUUCAGUCGGUGGAUCUGAAUGAGUUGUCGGUGACUCUUGACAUAUUUGUGCUUACGUUACCGCUGGAGAUCGAAGCCAUGCCUCCUGAUUUCUGUCACAACAGGUACACCUCAGAGAGCAGCGUGUCUCUGAAUCGCUCUCCUGGACAGCCAUCAUCUUACCGCUCAGACGAGGAGCUCAUGGGAGAUCUAGACGGCCUCCGAGGGGUCGGUGUAGAGGGUAUGUCAGGAGAUCCUCUGUCCAAACUUCCAGUCCCUCACAAAAUGGCCGUUUUGGCCACCAUGGAUGAGAUCCGCUGGCUACUGGAGGAUGAGAUCGUCUCGGCACUACGACACUCCUCCGUGAUCAACUCCUCCACCCUGCAGAAGGUCUCCGAUCACGUGUGCCGCUCCAGCGGCCGACCGCAGUGUUACAGCGAGGUCGUUCCUCUGCAGUUUGUGUUCGGUCCCGAACAAUCCCUGGAAAAGUUUCAAGAGGAGUUCAAGAGGCUAUCGAUUCCCGGAUACCUGCUGAACGCCGAGCAAGACAACUACCACUACGUGUCUCUCAGUCGGCAGCGGGCUCACAGACUUCAGGCUGCAAGACAGCUGUCUCGCAUCACGACUGAAUACUCGCAGCAGACCGACGUCUGUCCUGAGGUGGGGAAUGGAUCCACAGCGACCCUCGCCACAUGUGACGAAGAACCAAUAAAAACAGUGCCAGAUGUUAAGAAUGAUCACGGAGACGGAGAUAUCCAGCAGGUGUGGAACGACUCGGACCCGCGACCCACCGAGUCAUCUGAUCCAAUUAAACAAGCAGAGGCGGAAGAGACUCAAUCUCAAAAUGCAUCCGUCCUGCAGAUGGGCAGCAGCAUGGAGCGAUCGUCCGAUCACACGUCUCCUCCUAAAACACCUUCUGCCGCCAGUUUGGCCGAGUCCAUGCAGUCCGUCACACACAGCAGUGGGAAACGGCAGCCCAGUCGAGUUCAGAGCGUGGUGUCAAGUCAAGGCAGUCUGGAUUCGGAUAUGCUGGGUUAUGAUGGAGGUAGCAGUGAUUCGGAGUGUGACGGACCCACUAUGAACGAACAGGAGAGACGGACGCCCCUCAUGCCUGAUUUCUGGCUCAUCAUCAGAAUUCAUCACGACAGGGUGGAGGUCUUCUCCCACGCCAGGAGCUUCAACAGAGGAAAAGAGGAGGAAGAGGAGGAGAUCCCAGAGUUCUUGCGCCUUCAUCAGCUGGUGGUGAGGAGGAUCGGAGAAAUGUGCAGAACGGUCAACCAGCGCCUCCUUUUGCAGGACCUGCAUGAUAGUCACGUGUGUCACUCACUCCUGGUGGCUGAGAGCGAGGAAGACAUCUGGAAACAUGAAUCUCUCUACAGGCCUCGCAUGACCAAUUCAGACGACUACAAUGCAGAUGAGAGCUAUCAGCCUCGGGACUACCUCGCCGCCACCAUGCAAUUCAUACCUGGGUACUUUGCUUGCGAUGUGGUUUGGAGUACCGUCAUUUACAUUCACCCGCGCCUCAAGAUGGGGCCCAACAUGGGCGUUGCACGCGCUAUCCAAGCUUUGCGUUCCGUCCUAAAUGCCUUUUGUGUGGUCAACCGUAAAAACAUGUUUGUGUAUCAGGAGCGAUCCACCAAAUCCGUCUUCUAUCUCCGACUCUCUGAGACUUGUCAGACAGGGAAGUACAGCGAUCUGGACAGAAACGUGCACGUUGUUCGCUCUGUGAGUCUGGCACGUAGCCAGGAGCCGCUCGGCUCCGAGGACCUCACGGGUCCUCGCUCUUCUCUGGAAAGUUCGAGGCUGGUUGGACAAGUGGACAAACACAUAUUAUUGCUGGUUCAUGGCGUGGGGACUGCAGGUCCAGAGAUCACUGAUGAACUAGUUAAGGUUUUGAGGAAGCGUUUGGACGAAGCCACGUUGGACAUCAUCACUGUCAUGCUGGUCAGAAACUGCAAACUGACUCCUGCAGAUGUGGAGUUUAUUCAGCCUCCAGGCUCUCCUGCUACUGAAGUGAUGGAGUUCUGCCUGCCUCAGUACUGCAUGCCUUGGAUCCAGGCUGUCGCUCACUACCUUCGUCAGAACCUCCUCAUCUUCCUCCACAUACCCAAAUACACCGACAGCAACACUGUACACCACUUCAAGCAUUACUUUCACACAAGUAGUGAGAUGCCUGAUCAUGAUAUUUACCUCUACAAUAAACCUGGAGGUCAAGGUACAGGAGGAAAAGGUACCAUGUCGGAGCUUGUUCAGAAUCUCUUCCCAACCUCACAGUUUCAAGGUAUCGCCUGUAUCACUCUGUCGUUCGUGGAUGCUAAAGGCUGCCCGCUGCAGGUUCCGGCUCAGGACGGCAGCGGUCUGGCUCUCAGAGGAGACGUCUCGACCAUCUCUCUUCAACCGGAACAGUUUGAGGCCUUGACGACCGUUGUCAAGAUGGAUUCUCCAAGCCAGAGCUCAGGUGCGGCCGUACGCGUGAGGUUUGACAUAUGGGAGCAGGGUAACAUCAGCCCCCUGCAGCUGAUGGACAGACUGAGGGCCGCCCUGCGCCACGCCCUCUGUGAUGUCAUUAUGGAGAUGCGAAUGUUGCUGAAUCCCUUGUGUCUAGAGACAUUCUGCCUGCCCGCCGCAACCCAACAGAAUGAGAGUACAGUACCCUUGAGACUUCCUCAGUCGGACGGUAGAGAAGUGAGGGAGAGUUUUCGACGGCCCAGCGGUCCCCACGGGAUCAAAAGCAGUCCGUCCCCCAUAACCUUCAUGUCCACCCCCAGUUCCACCACAACCACAGGAAGCAGCACGCCCGAAUCCACCACGCCCACUGGAAAAACAACUCGCCGUAGCUUCUGGGAGAUGUUGAGUAAAACAGAAACUGCUGAGCUUGGCAGUCCAAAGACGACCGAUGACAUCAUACCCGAGCGAGCAGAAGACAGUCGCAUGGGCCGACGGAGACACAAGACCGAAAGUGUGAAGCAACAGUGGAACCAUGAGAAAGCAAUGGCUGUGGAGCAGGAACAGGCUCAGAGGAGACAUGUGGCUCGGCUGGAGGAGGGAGAUACAGGCGCUCUUCACCAGGUCUAUCAGAAUACGUUCCUGCCCUGGGUCACCUUCAUGAACAAACUGGGUUGUCCAUCCAUCCAGUAUUGUGUAGCUGAAGUCUCGCAUCAUUUCCUCCUGCCAUCCAUCCUCACUGAGAUUGUUAAUCUGGUCAGCUCUCUAGCCAGUGACACCACGGUCAAAGUGUUUGAAAGAACCAGUUGUCCUCAGGGUGACAUCUAUGUCCCACUGUCAAUCAUUCAGCACAUCAGCCAACCUCCUGCCACCACCAGAAGCUUCAUCCUCAUUGGUCGCAACUUCAGCCAAUGGCAUUGCAGUACAGAACAAGAAGACAGUUCAGAUGACGAGAACAGUCCAGUUCUAAAUAGGUGCACACCUCAUAAGGGUCUGCAGCGAUUCGAGGCUUUGGAGCACAGUGAUUGGCUGAGCUCAGGUCAGGCUGCGAAGGGAGUGGCCCCACGUCAGCGCUUCCUAUACAUACACGUUGUCAAUAAAAAGGUGACCCUGUACACGUAUAACUGGUCAGUGGAUCUAGGCGUCUCUCUGAAUCAGGGUCUGUGCAGAUUGGUGCAUUGGCAGAACGCUCGGGCUCAUGUGGUCAACUGCUUACUGAGCCAGAAAAUGGGUCUGUUUCAUCAUUACUGCUUUUCUGAUACACCUGCUCACGAGGAUCUAAAGCAGGAUCCCAACCCUUUUCUUAGUUCCACAGUCGAGGCAGAUGCUCUGUUGAGGAGUCCGGUUCCUCCGGCUCUCGGUAAGGAUCAGGGACGGUUAGGCAGCUCAGGUCGUGGUCUGCCACCUUUGGCUUUCCCCGGAGAGCUUGUGCCCUUUGAUGAAGCUCUGAGAGAUGUAAACACAGUAAGAUCAUUGACCAAUCAGGAUGGGGCGGAUAUAGUCGCCCGCCAUGGAGCACAACUUCUGGACGUCAAAGCAGUUGAGCGCAGAGAGUUGGAAAGACAACUGAAGAUUGAGAACUUGUUUGUGACAUGGCAGCAGAGAUCAGCCCAGUCCAACAUGCCAAUCUCUGUAACAGAUUUGGACACGCUGAAGCAGUCGUCUCGACUGGUCCAUUACUGCGCCACUCCACUACUCUUUGACUCUGUGUUUCGGAAACAGAUUCAGGAGGAACAGGUCGUCCAGCCACAGAUGAAGAAGAGGCAUCGCUCCAGCGACUCCACAGCGUCCGGUAGAGAUCGCAGCUACAGUACAGAUUCGGCAGACACGCUGCCCAGUCGACUGAAGGACGAGCCGUGGCUGCAGGAGAUCUCCAGUAUGUUCAUGCAACAGUACGUUCAGUAUCUCCAGAGCACGGGCUUCAUCCUGGUCCAGGUCCGACCGCAGUCGCCCGCCCGCAGCAUUGCUCGAGCGAGAGCCGCUCUGUUGAGUUCUUUAUCUACUGAAGGCAGAUCUUCCUUCUCCUCAUUUUCAUACAAUAAACAGAAAAGUGAGGAAAGUCCCAAGCAGAGCAGUAACUCCAGCUCGACGUCGUAUCACCUGCAGAGGGCGCUGCCAGGAGGCAUCGUAUUAAUGGAACUGUCGUUUCAAGGAUCUUAUUUCUGUGUAAAGCAGUUUGCAUUGGAGUGCUCGAGGAUACCAAUGGGUCAAACGGUUAAUUCUCAGGGUUCUCUUCUCAACAAACCUCCUAGCAAGCCGUUGCCCGAGGUGCCCGUGGGCUCCGACUCUGCGCUGUCGAUGCUGUUCACCGAGGAAUGCGAUAAGGUUCGAGAUUUGAUGCACGUUCACUCGUUCAGCUACGACUUUCAUCUGCGUGUGGUGCAUCAGUAUCUGGUGGGAUGUCAGAUGACCCUGCGGCAAGGCUACCAGCUCACCAGCUUUCUGGAGGAUUUUAUCGCACAUCACCCCGAUAUACCCAAAUAUGGACGCAACCACGUUUUUCAGGGGAAUUUUUCGAUAUCGACCGGGAUGAUUACUGCACAUCAGCUGUAUAACUACAUCACUGAUCACGCCGGUACUUACGGGAUGAAACCCCUGCGCAUGUCUAAAGCUGCAGUUACAACCGAUAACAAAAAGGGGGCGCCAAGCUCAGACCUGCACGAGUACGCACUGGUAGCUUUGUGGAACAGCUCUGGCUCUUAUAAAGACCUCGAUGGACUACGACACCAUGAUGAUUUUGACGUGUCGCUGCUGGUGUGUCAUAACGCCACUCCGUUCGAAGAGCAGUCUGAAGGAGAGAGACACCUGCUCAAGCUGUGUUUUUACGUCAUCAUGACCAGUCAAAGGGAACUCUUCCCCCGUUUGACCGCCGAUAUGCGACGCUUUAAGAAGCUUCCUCAGAUCCACCGUGACCCCGGUGACCUCAGCAGCCGCGUCGCCACAGACCGACUGGACGCGAGCAGCACGGGGGCACGGGAAUCCGAACUGGACCUCUGGGAGGAGACCUCCACUACCCCUCUCAGCCCUCCGGCCAGCCCCGAAUCAGACACCACCGAGUCCCUUCCACAUCCGGGUCAGAGCGAGGACUUUCACGGGCUCUUCUACCUGUCUCCGCUCUUUCCUCUGCUAAACUCCGAGGUGAUGUCUGCACGGCGACAGAUUCAGAGCAUCGUGGAGCAGGCCAUGGGUCACUGUCGCAGGGAUAACCUCUGGAGGAGACUGUUUCACGGGGAACAUUUAGCUCUGGAUAAGCUGAAACUCAGCAGGCUGGCCUUCAGUGAGCUGGAGGAGCUGCUGUACGCUGUGCAAAGCAAAUCCAUCGCUGAGAUCGACCCGCAGCUGGACUGUUUUCUGAACAUGAGUCCCAACUGGUACCAGACGCUCAUCAAAGUUCUGCUCACACGCUUCCCACAAAACUGCAGGCAUUUUAAAGAUGACGGCGGGAUUCAAUAUCUGGCUGUUCUGAACCAGAAGUUCACCGACUGCUUCGUACUGGUGUUCCUCGAUGCCCAGGCAGGAAAAACUAGUUUAAAGGUGGUUUUCCGAGAGCCGUUACCAGCUCCGAGUCAGUCGAGCAGCAGUCCUCCACCACAGCUGGUCUCCAUGUACCAUCAUCUGGAGUCCGUCAUCAAUACGGCAUGUUACAACCUCUGGACGGGUCUACUGUGAACCUCCUGUAUGUCCUUCAGAUCUCCGUCAAUCACCUGCAGGCUAAAUAACAGCGCUUAACUAAAGUGGAGAUGCGCUCGGAUUGGGCCGCGAGCCGCCUUCAUGUCACAGACUGAGACCGAAUGCAUCUUGCGUGUUAAAUGUGCGUCGGCCGGGGUGCUGCUGUUUAAGCAAUUAAAUCGCCCACAUUUGCACAGAAAAGCAACUAAAUGGUCUGCUCUGUUGAUUGGAGAGGGCGAUUAUCCGGUGGGUGUAUGAAAGUGCUUUGCCAAAACCACACUUUCUCCUUAUGUGCAUCUACCUGUGUGUUUUUCUGUUGUAUUUCAUCUCUCAUUUCAUCAGUUGCUGAUGUUACUGUAGAUCUCGUUCAGAUAAACCGGCUGCAUUAUGCUACGUUAUUAUCUGUACUGCCUAGAAGUGCCUUUAUUUGUAUUUCUUGUUGAUGUUAAUGCGCGUUAGUGCACUACAUCACCACAUCGGUCACGUGCAUGAUGCAUGAAGGAAAGCAAAUGUAUUGGGCUGUUUUUAGCUCCUGUAAGUCAAAAACUGCAGAAGUGAAUGAAUAGAUGUAUUUUAUUGUUUUCUGUACGCACACUGGACUCAUGAUGUGAAACGUUCAGCUGAAAGUAAUUCAUUGAAUAUGUACAUGCUGUAUAUACAGACAGAUUUGUAACAGUAAAUCUUAAGUUAAAAUGUGAUUUCAUGUCCAGUGCUUUAUGUUUGGUCAUGCAAAACUGACAUCAGUGAAGUGUCAAAAGUGGAAAUUUGCUAUUCACUUUUAUGUCUUGAGUAAAUGAAGAUCUUGUCAUUUUUAUACAAGGUGUCAAUUAGGAAACACAAACGCUCCGACUGCAAGUUCACAGAUCCUUGUGGCUGGUCCAGUAUCUUCUGACCCAGUCCAGACCCGCCUCUGUGGAGCCUGGAGAACCAGUUUUGCACAUUAAAAAAAACAUUUUGUUAUUUAA